GCUUAAACGAGCUUAAAAAAGUAAAUGCUUGCUAACCAUUGUUUCUUACACCUGACCGAGUGUUCCUUUCACCCAACUAAAUGAAAGCGCCAACACGUUCAACUUAAGCCAACACCUCAACAUUUAUUACUUGUAUCAAUAAUUUUGUGGUAAUUUAUUUGUUCAUUUAAGGGCUUAUGGCAUUUUAAUAUCAUUUAAUUCAUUUACUCUUAAUAGCUAUACAUUCCUGGCCGAUAUUGAAGAUUCUUGUUUUUGUUUAAUUGUGCUAUUUCCUGUAAGGCACCGUUGAAAAUCCACGUUCUUAUUGUACCUAUUCGUUGAGAACGACGUUCGUUGAAAUGUCUUGUAUCGAUAAAAUGUCCAUUAUGGGCAUACGCUCAUUCGAUAAUACUUCGCGUGAAACAAUUCAAUUUUAUGCCCCUUUAACUCUUAUUGUUGGACAUAACGGUGCUGGUAAAACGACAAUUAUUGAAUGUUUAAAAUAUGCUACAACUGGCAUUCUACCUCCUAAUAGCAAAGGCGGUGCUUUUAUUCAUGAUCCAAAAUUUUGCGGUGAAAAAGAAGUACUUGCUCAAGUCAAAUUAGCUUUCCAAAACACGAAUGGCGUUCGUAUGAUAUGUACUCGGUCACUGCAAUUGACCAUGAAAAGAACAACCCGUCAAAUGAAGACGUUAGAUGGUCAGUUGCUAGUUACGAAGAAUGGUGAACGAUCUACAGUUAGUAAUCGUUGUGCAGAAUUGGACCAACAAGUUCCCUUGAGUCUCGGUGUAACGCGCGCCUUAUUAGACUAUGUGAUAUUUUGUCAUCAAGAAGAAAGCUUUUGGCCAUUAAGUGAACCCGCUACUCUAAAGAAACGUUUUGACGAAAUUUUUGAGUCCAUGCGGUAUGCAAAAGCUUUGGAUCAGAUUAAGGUUUUGCGAAAGGAUCAAACGAAUCAAAUAAAGGUUGAUAACGCGACACUCGCUCACUUCAAGUCAGACAAGGAACGAGCUGAAAAGAUCGAGGACAUACUUCAUGAAAACCAAAAAAAGGUUGCUGCACUAAAGGCAGAAGUUGACUUAUUAGAUGAAGAAUUAGUUGAAGUCGCCAAGGAGCAAGAUGAACUUUUUCAACAUACAGAAAAGUACGAACAAACCAUUGCCGAAAUAAAUAAACUUGAGCGUGAAAACGAAUUGGUUAAUGAGACGUUAUCUGAUUUAGCUAAGAAUAUGGUUUUCUAUGAAGAAACGGAUGAGGAGUUGGAAGAUUUGUCCCUGUCAUUACUCUGAAAAAGUUGAAGGAGAAAUGGAAUGGUAUCAACGUUCGGAGAACGAGAUAAAUUCCCUAAACUCACAGUUACAAAUUACUCGUCAAAAGAAUUCCAGCUUCUUAGCUAUUGUUGGUCAAGCUCGCGCUGAAGUUAAGCUACAUGAAGAACGACUUCAGGAACGUGAUCGGCUGAUGAAGGAGUUGAAAAGUAUUUAUGGAUAUGAUAUUCAGUCUUCUGAAGGCGUGUAUGAAGCACAUUCUCUUAAAAUUAAAAGUCUUGAAGCCGAAUGGAAGUCAAUAAAACAAAAAAAUGAGCAUGGGAUAAGUCAAAUUUCAUCAAAAAUUGAAAAUAUCCGAGCACAGAAGAGUUUCUUGAUGCAAGAGCGCCAGCAAAACAAGAAACGUAUGGCUGUGUUCGAAAACAAUAUAAAUUCUUUAAAAAAGCGGCUUUCUGAAUUUGAGGGUAACUUUGAAGAUAUCUCUGCUUUGGAAGUUAGUAUUGCAGAUGCAGAAACCGCUCUUUCGUCUUACAGAAGUGAGUAUGUUAAAAGUGAUUGGGAAUCAAAGUUGACUGCAAUGAAGCAAGAGUUACGCGAACUAAAUGAAUCAUACCAGAAUACAGUGGAGUUGGUACAUAAAGCCGCCUCGCAGGCGAAUGACAGAGCAAAAUUAUCUAUGCUGCGCUCUAGAAAACUCAAGUUAAUGGAACAAAAGCAAUCUCUAUUUGACGAACUAAUUGCUGAGUACACGGAAAUCACUCGCGAAAAGGUAACUUCAGAAACAAUUGACCUUGCAAGUUCUCUAAAAACGCUCUCCGCCAACGUGGAUAAACUUACUUUAGAAGAGCAAAGAGUUUCGAAAGAAAGCACAGAACUUAAUUUAAAGUUAACUCUUGCAUAUGAGAGGAAUGAAUCUAUUGCUGAACAACUUGAGGAAUUUGAUGCACAGUUAAAAAGCUCAACGGGAAAUCCUGAUCAACUAUCUUCUGAAAUUGAGGAAAUUGAAGCUCAAAUAGAAGAGCAAAGAAAGGAUCUUCAUUCACUUCAAUUUGGCGUUCUCUUUUAUGAGCGCGCUAUUAAAGUUUCUGAUGAGAAACAUGCAUGUCAACUUUGUCGUCGUGGACUUGAUGAUUCUGAACGAAAAGAGUUUACUAAGUAUUGCAAUUCAAUGGUUUUAACGAUCCCUUCAAAGGCACAAGAUCUCGAAAAAGAACUAACACAACUUGAAACUACGUUAAACCAACUGCGGUCAUUACUACCAAUUCAGGAACGGUAUAUCGCGCUUUCUAGUGAUUUAGAAAAAGCGAAGAAGGAAAUCGCUGAACUCGAAGAUGAUUUCUCUAGUGUAAGUAAGAAGCAUAAGGAGAAACAAGCUUCACUCGAACUAGAAAAAGAAAAACUUCAAAAGCUUACGGCACUCUCGUCGAAAAUGUCCAACGUUGACCGAAUGCGCGAUGAAGCUCUAACAACUGGGGAAAGCAUACGUGAACUGGAAACGACGCUUUCGAACACAGGAACAGCCGAGACUAUUGAGUCUUUACAAGAGAAACUUAAGGACUUAGAAACUCAGACUUCUCAGAAGAGGGAAGAGUAUCGGGUAUUUGAGAAUGCUUUUGAAGAUGCUAAAAAGCAACUUGUGUCACUCGAGUCUAAAAAAUCAGAGGAUUCCAUGAUGCUAAGAGAGACAAAAUUAAGACUUCGUGAAAAACAAAAUAUACAAAUGAAUCUUAAUGACAAUAAGUCGAACCUUGAAGAAGGUGAAAUUGCGGUACAAAACAUUAACAAAAAGUUGAGCUCCAAUGACGAAGAAAUGCAAGAAUUGGACAAGCAAUUGAACUCACUAAAAAAUGAAGCUCAAGAUGAGUUAAACUGCUUUAGUGAAAAGCUCCGUAUUGCAAGAGAACAGUAUACAAAAUUACAGUCUCUCAUGGUUGCGAUAAAAAAUGACACAUCCGCCGAUGCAUUGAAAACGGCUGAGGAAAACUGUGAGCAAACGUCUUCACAAAUUAAGAAUUUCGAAGAGAAGAUUCAAGAGAAAACCAAUGAAAGGGCAGAGUUUGAAAAGAAACUGCACAAUUUAAAAGAUAACGAAAGAAACAUUGCUGACAAUCUUCGAUAUCGUCGUCUGAAGCAACAACUUAGCCAGUCAAUGAGUAGGCUCCAGCAGCUCAAAAAAGAACUUCAAAACGUCGACAGAGAAAACUUUAUGCUCAAUUCGCAAAAUUUGAAAGAAAAGUACGGACAAUUGAAUGCCAAACGUGCUGGCUUUCUUGGAGAAUGCAGACAGCUAGAGGGCCAAAUUGCACAUAAUACUCGAGAACUACAAAUUGACUAUAAAGAUGCCAAAGAAAGGUAUCGUAGACAGCUCAUUAAAACGAAAACUCUUGAUAAAGCCAACGAGGAUCUAGGAAAAUAUGGUCGUGCCCUCGACAAUGCGAUUAUGCAAUUUCACUCUCUCAAAAUGAACGAGGUUAACCGAAUCAUCGACGAAGCAUGGAAACAGACAUAUUGUGGAACGGACAUCGACACAAUUCUUAUUCGGUCUGACAAUGAAACAAAGGGAAAUCGGUCGUAUAACUAUCGUGUUUGUAUGGUCAAAGGAGACGCAGAACUAGACAUGCGUGGACGUUGUAGUGCAGGUCAAAAAGUUCUUGCAUGCAUCAUCAUUCGCUUAGCAUUAGCUGAAUGUUUUGGUAUCAAUUGUGGAAUAUUAGCUCUCGACGAGCCGACUACCAAUUUGGACGAUGAAAAUAUAUGUAGUCUUGCUCAAAGCUUGGCGAGAAUCGUCGAGUUCCGAAGAAGACAACGAAACUUCCAACUAAUUGUCAUUACUCAUGACGAGCGUUUUAUUCGUCUGAUGAAUACCGAAUCUUACUGUGAUUAUUAUUACCGGGUUACAAGGGAUGAAAACCAAAAUAGUAUUAUAUUAAGAGAGCUUAUUCGGGACCAUAACUUUUAACCAGAAGCAUAAAGUUCUUACCACUGCUACUGCACUAUUAAGAAGAGCCACCAACAAGAAUCGUCUUAUUCCUUCCAAUGAUCCAGUGACCAGCUUCUUUUUAUGUACUUACUAAAUUUUGUUCAUAAAAUAAUGCACUCCUCUAUUAUUUCGCUUCUAUAAGAUCUAAUUCUAUAUAUAUAUGCAUUCCGCUUUGG